CGCGUGGCGCGGCGCCGCUUCCGCAAACAGAGUCGCGAGUGGCUGGACGUGUUAGUUCAUGAAGUUUUACCGUCUAAGUAAUCAAAAAUGGAAAAUUCUGCAAAAACAGAGGAAUGUGGAAAGACCUCUCAUAAAGAGGCAAAAACAUCAGUAGAUUCAGAAACAGAGUCUUCAUUCAUUAUGAAUAAAAACACCACCUUUCCUGGGACUGGGCUUUCUGAAAAGGCGCCUACUUGUGGGCAAGUGCACGCACCAAAAAAGAGAAAAAUGGAGUUUGAGGAUGAUCUUGUAAAGGAAAGUUCUAGUUGUGGGGAAGACACUCCAUCCAAGAAAAGAAAACUUGAUGCUGAAAUUGCCCCAGAGGAAAAAGGUUCUGGUGAUGAUGAAGGCAUUUCAAGGAAAAGAAGAAAGGAAACUGAUGGUUUCCCAAAAGAUGAACCUACUGGAGAUGGCACUCAGAAAAGGAGAAAAAUAGAACUUGAGGAUAUUCCUGAAAAACAAAAGAACUUGGAAGAAGGACACAGCUCAGCAGUGGCCGCUCACUACAAUGAACUCCAGGAAGUUGGUUUGGAGAAGCGUAGCCAAAGUAGGAUUUUUUACCUAAGAAACUUUAAUAAUUGGAUGAAAAGUGUCCUCAUUGGGGAAUUUUUAGAAAAGGUGCGACAGAAAAAAAAACGUGAUAUCACUGUGUUGGACCUGGGAUGUGGUAAAGGUGGAGAUUUGCUCAAGUGGAAAAAGGGAAGAAUUGACAAGCUAGUUUGUACUGAUAUCGCUGAUGUUUCUGUCAAACAGUGCCAGCAGCGUUACGAGGACAUGAAAAAUCGUUGUCGUGAUAAUGAAUGUAUUUUCAGUGCAGAAUUUAUAACUGCUGAUUGUUCAAAGGAACUUUUGACUGAUAAGUUUCGUGACCCAGAAAUGUGCUUUGACAUCUGCAGUUGUCAGUUUGUCUGCCAUUACUCAUUUGAGUCCUACGAGCAGGCUGAUGUCAUGCUCAGAAAUGCAUGUGAGAGACUGAGCCCUGGAGGCUAUUUUAUUGGUACCACUCCCAAUAGCUUUGAGUUGAUACGACGCCUUGAAGCUUCAGAAACAGAAUCAUUUGGAAAUGAAAUAUAUACUGUGAAAUUCCAGAAGAAAGGAGAUUACCCUUUAUUUGGCUGCAAAUAUGACUUCAACUUGGAAGGUGUUGUGGAUGUCCCUGAAUUCUUGGUCUAUUUUCCAUUGCUAAAUGAAAUGGCAAAGAAGUACAAUAUGAAACUAGUCUACAAAAAAACAUUUCUGGAAUUCUAUGAGGAAAAGAUUAAGAACAAUGAAAAUAAAAUGCUGUUAAAACGAAUGCAGGCUCUGGAGCCGUAUCCCGCAAAUGAGAAUUCCAGGCUUGCAUCUGAGAAGGCAGAUGACUAUGAACAUGCAGCAAAGUACAUGAAGAACAGUCAAGUGAGGUUACCUUUGGGAACGUUAAGUAAAUCAGAAUGGGAAGCUACAAGUGAGUACAUCAUCAGUGUAGAUUUACUGACAUUUUCAAAGAUUGCUUCACAGUGAUUGUUAAAAUCUGAAAACUUUAGAAUUUUUCUGACGCACAUUAGAUUGUGUGAGGGGUUGAUUGUAUUUACACAAAAUUCCUAUAAAUGUCUAAAUUCCCCGUGUCUUGCAUGGCUGUUUAGUGCCAAGAGAAGAGAUAUGUAGGAUGUUCCUUAACAUAAACUUUGAUGAGUAUUCUUAAACAUUUUCAUUGUCUACUCGUUACCAUGAAGCUGUCUGUAUUUGACGUCUUUAUCUCGCAUUUCUGUUGGAAAUUUUGGCUUAUGGAGCACUUCUCUGUAUUUUAUUUGGUUCUAGCCUAUCUGGUGUUGACAGUAAAGGCAUAAUAAAUACUAGCACAUUUAGUGAAGCAGCACUGAGCAGGAUGUUUUAGAGGGUGUGUGCUUGAGAACAGCCAUGAUGUGGGGACAUUCUAAAAUGAGGCACCAGUGUUUGGAGGAGAAGUCAGAGGCCUGGCCAAUCUGUGAAGUCCCAGAGCCUCCCUGCCAGGAUGAUGAUACCCUUAUAUGGUUGCCCUGAUGACUUAAAAGGUAGUUCCCAUUCUUUGGUUAAAUAUUUGUUGAUUAUGUUGAAGGGAAAAUCAAACAUAAUCAGAGACAAGCCAUCUGAUAAACAUUUUGAAUACUGACUUACAUACAGAUCUAUGAAAGGGCUUUGGGGGGGGUAAAAAAAUAAAUUGUACCUCUCUGCCUUCCAGAAGUGUACUAUCAAGUGGAAGAAACAGACAUAAAUAAGUGACUUCUAGGGAAACUUUUACAUGCUGAAGUUCCUGUAAUGGGGAAAACAGAUGAAAGAGAGCCUAAUAAAAACUAGUGAAAUCUGGAAACUAGUAAUAGUUGGAAUUAUUGAGUAGUUAGCUUGUGCCUAGUUGCUAUGUUAUGCCUCAUUUAAUCCUCACGGUUUUAUGAGUAGACUACUAUUACUUCUAUCUUCUUUUCACAGAUAGGUAACAGAUGAAUAGCUUGGCUGAGGUCAGAGAACUAGCCUAGGUGCUCCACACUCACAGCCAUGGCCUCAAGGACGCCCACGGAAAGGAAAAUUCUUAGGACUUGCUGAAUUGGAGGGAGAGGAAAAGGAAAGAAGACAAGGGCUCACACUUUGAGCCUGUUUGUUUCGGAAUAUUGGUGCCCUGGAUAGAAAUGGGAUUGGAAGAUUUAGGGGUAUAAUCUCUAACAAAUGUAGAAAUGUGCGCGGAAACCGACACAUUUCUUUGGUUUCCCUGGAGUGCCGUGUAACAGAACGACCUUGGUCAAAGGUCAUGAUGGUGGUGCUGGCUGUAGAUUGGCACUGUAGUUUUAUAUUAGACGUGUUACUUCAGUGAUAAUAUACAAGUGAAGAAUUAGAUGCCCCCAGACAGUUGAGGAAGAGGUGGAUUAGAGAGGAGAAAAGCAACAGGAAAGGAGCAGUGGCCAAAGGGUAGCUAGGAUCAGCGUGUCAAGGGCCAUCUGCUGUGUGAUGAAUAUACUCUUGUAACCUGGCAGGCUUUGUGAGCUGGUGCCACAGUCUAAGAACCUGUAUUUUAGACUCCUACUGGUCUAAUCAUUGAGCUUGCAUUACCAGAGCCUGCUGCUCCUCUAGAAGAUGCUUUAAAUAUGGAAGGAAGGAGAAUUGUUGCUGAUUUGCUUUUGGAAGUGGUUCAAGUUUCGUUUGUUUAAAUCCUGAUUGAAAUGCUGGCACAGAAGGUAUUUUAUAUAAUUAGUCAGACUGCCAAAAUUUUUGAGCUAGAAAGGAGAGAAAGUUAUUGAUUGCUGAUCUGGAAUCAGGCACUGGUUUUAAAUGAGCCUAGAUCAGGGCAGGUCAGGACUGCCAGUUUACCUGCAGAGGGUAUAGGUGUGUGGGGGGUGGGUUUGGCAGGGUUCACUGCAGAAAGAUCCCUUGGAGUGCGGGGCAAGCUCAGCAGUGCCAGCCUGUCCUGAGCCCCAGGACUUGCUUGUGAGUGCUUUAGGCUGCUCUGCUUCCUUUCCCUCAAGAAGAAUCCAGAGUGUUGGUCACCCUGCCUGUUUUCUGCCCACCCGUCUACUGUGCUGCCUGCCAUAUUUAUUUUUCCUAAGACACUUGGGAGCUAGUAGAUGAGGAGUAGAGAGAGCAUGGCCAGAGUGGUAUUAGGGGAGACAGCAUGGUGCACCUGUGCAGGCUGGGUUGGAGGGGCCAAGGGCGCGAGAAUCAGGAGGCCCUUACGUGCAGGUCUCCCGUCCUACUGCCUUCCUGUUACACAGUGGACCCAAGGGGCGAGGCCUCUUCGUAAUGUGGCCUCUUAUCGCGACUCGAUGGGUGAAUGUCCUAGUGAACACCCUGAACAUUCUUGUGAUGUUUUGAGGAUUUGUCUUCUCAGCUGUUUUCAUAACCAUAAAAUCUGUUGGUAUCUUAUAAGCAGAAACAGUAAGUUUGAACUUCAUUGUGAUUCAGAAUGGGAAACUGUAGAUACAUUUGCAUAUCUUUGAACUCACAUUAAAGCAGGAAACCUUAUUUAAGGGAGAGUGCUUUGGGGGCUGGGACCGUCAGUUAUCAUGUUGGCUCACUUUCCUUACUAGGCCCUACAACACAACAGCUGGAUAAUUGGAUGAAUUCUAACAUGCAUGUUAUAUGUGUUCCUUACAGUUUUUAUUAGGGUGUUUUUCCCCCCCUGAGUAGCAAACUUAGAGUAUCCCUGCACUCACAGUAGUUCAGUUAUUCCAGGAAAAAAAUUAAAUCAUAAGGUUUCUCAGUUUUCAUUUUCUUUGCUUUUAUACUUUUUUUUUCCCCUCAAACUGUCAGUAGAGAUUUUUAGAGCUGUUGAAUUGGUUUUCUGCAGGGCUGUGAUGUCACCAAGUAUUACAGUAAGUGGAUAUUUGUUUUCAGUGAUCCCAUAUCGCCUAAGUAUGACUCAAAAUUAUUGAAGAACUCUUAGAAAUAAUGGAAUUUUUCCUUUUCAAAAGCUGCUUGAGAAUUUUCACCAAAUUAUGAACAAGACCAGGAUUGUUGCCCUGAGGAUAUGAGAAACCAACCUCUAACUUUUUUUUCUUUUUAGGUAUUUACUUGGUUUUUGCAUUUGAGAAGCAGCAGUGAGCACAUCACAUAUGCAGAGCAGCUGUGUUCUGUUUUGUACAGAUUCGAACGGUCCAUCUUCCAUAGAUCUGACAACCUUGUUUAAUUUAAUUAUUCUCAGU